UUGGGUCCUGCUGCAUAUCAAGCCUGUCAGUAUGUGAAAAGAGUUAUGGGUAAAAACCUGUUACUCCUAAGAGAGCUGAAUCUGAGUGGACGUGAACUAGGAGAUACACGAGUGAAUCAGAUCGCUGCUCUACUGCAGGAUAAACACUGUAAACUAAACAAACUGAUUCUGUGUGAUUGUAGCAUUACAGAGAAACAGUGUCUGACCCUGACUUCAGCUCUAAAAUCAAACCCAUCACACCUGAGAGAGCUGGACCUCAGUGGGAAUGAACUAAGAAAUACUGGAGUGAAUCACUUAUGUGACGUACUGAAGGAUUCACACUGUAAACUAGAGAGAUUGAGGUUAAGAAUCUGUUUAAUGACAGAUAAAGGAUGUUCUGCUCUGACUUCAGCUCUGAAAUCAAACCCAUCACACCUGAGAGAACUGGAACUCAGUAAGAAUAAACUAGGAGACCCAGGAGUGAAAAACCUCAGUGAUCUACUCAGGAAACCACAAUGCAAACUGGAGAAAUUACAACUUUCAGACUGCAGUAUCACUGAAGAAGGUUAUAAAGCUCUGUCUUCAGCUCUGAGAUCAAACCCUUCACACCUGAUAGAGCUGGAUCCUCACAGGAAAUGAUCCUGGACAAUCAGGGGUGCAGCAGCUCAAUGAUUUACUACAGAGUCGAUGGUAUUCAUUGAAAACACUGAGGUUUUUGGGUCUUGCUGCAGAGGAAGUCUAUCAGUAUGUGACUGGAGUUGUGAGCAAAAACCCGUUAUUCUUGAAAGAACUGGAUCUGAGUGAACGUAAACUAGGAGACACAUA